AUGGCCGACAGCAAUCCACCAGCUGAUUUGACUCCCGGAGGUGGAAGCGGCGCGGAGGAGACGCGCAGCAAGAAAUGGCUGCCGCUGGAAUCGAACCCGGAAGUGAUGAACGACUUCGUGCGCAAGGUGGGCUUUCCGCCCUCAGCGGGUUUCCACGACGUCUUUGGGCUGGACGCGGAUCUGCUCGCCAUGGUGCCUCAGCCCGUGCUCGCACUGCUCUUCCUCUUCCUAUUGCCGCCCGAGGAACGGUCCAAAGAGCCAGAGCAGCAAGAGCAGGUUCCCGAGCAGGCGACUCCCUCUGCUGAUGCCGCACAGCCAUUCUUUGUGCGGCAGACCAUAGACAAUGCGUGUGGCACGAUCGCGCUCCUACAUGCAAUUGGCAACAACCAACACCAGCUCACCCUCGAGAAGGGUUCAUUCCUCCAGCAGUUCUUUGAAAAGACCAAAGACAUGACACCUGAAGAUCGAGCAGCCUAUCUGGAGGCAGACACAUUGCUGGAGAAGGCACACACAGAUGCAGCAGAGGCGGGCGACACUCGGCCCCCAAGUCUCCAUGAGUGUGUGGAUCUGCAUUUUGUUGCCUUGGUCACGUCUGGAGGUCGUCUGUAUGAGCUAGACGGUCGCAAGCCAAAGCCCAUUGACCAUGGCCCUUCGUCGCCUGAUACCCUACUGCAGGAUGCGGCGCGGGUGAUGCAGCAGGUGAUUGCGGCCAGUCCCAACUCAUUGCAAUUCAAUAUCAUUGCCAUGAGCCUUGUGCCGCCCGAAUCCUGA